AUGUGCUACUUUGAUUCAUGUCUUCAAAACCAUUCUCUCUCACCUUCUCUUUUUCUAUCUAUCUAUCUAUCUAUCUAUCUAUCUAUCUAUCUAAGACUCUUGUAUUCUCAUUGUUCAUAUCCCCAGAAUCUUCAUAGCUUUGCUUAUCUAUUGCUCUAUCUAUCUAUCUAUCUAUCUAUUCAUCUAUCUAAGACUCUUCUUUGUUUAUCUAUCUAUCUAUCUAUCUAUCUAUCUAUCUAUCUAUUCAUCUAUCUAUCUAAGACUCUUUUGUAUUCUCAUUGUUCAUAUCCCCAGAAUCUUCAUAGCUUUGCUUAUCUAUCAUCUAUCUAUCUAUCUAUCUAUCUAUCUAUCUAUCUAUCUAUCUAUACAUAUAUAUAUAUAUAUAUUUUCUAUUUCUCUCUCUCUCUCUCUCUCUCUAUAUAUAUAUAUAUAUAUAUAUAUAUGGCAAAAAAUAUGUUUUUAAUUCGUUGUCUUUAUCUUCUUUUUUUCCUUCGGGUUUAUCAUCCAUCCAUCUUUUUUCUUUCUUUCUUUCUUUCUUUCUUUCUUUCUUUCUUUCUUUCUUCUAAGGAUUAUACCAACAUCACUUUGAAGAAUGAAAAUAAAGGUACCCAAAAAGAAACAAUAUUUUCCGUUUACUCGAAUCUAUUUUCCAAACCUCAUAUAUGUUAUCUAUCUAUCUAUCUAUCUAUCUAUCUAUCUAUCUAA